AUGCUUCAACCCCGAAUUGUCCUACGGGGCAUUCGGCUGCCUUUUAGGUGUCUACCCUCUCUGCCUUCGCCAGCUCGUGGCUAUUCGACAAUCGUGAAUGAAAUUGAGAAGAACAAGCCCAAGCCUAUCGAAACACCAUUGAACUCUUUUAUUGACCCGAACGUCUCGUUUGCUCCUCCUCCCGGCCGCGAUUCGUCUGGCAUUCAGCUGCGCACCUACACUCCGCGCACACCCGGUGUGAGACAUCUGCGGCGCCCUGUGAAUGAUCAUCUAUGGAAAGGCCGCCCAGUUCACAAAUUAACGUUCCCUAAGCGCGGCCACGCCAAGGGUGGUCGAAACAACUCUGGCCGAGUCACUGUCCGCCAUCAUGGAGGUGGUGCCAAGCGUCGAAUUCGGACAAUUGAUUUUCUGCGCAUGGCUCCAGGGCCGCACACAGUGGAGCGUAUCGAGUAUGAUCCCGGACGCACUGCACACAUUGCUCUGACUGCUAGUAAGGAGACCGGCAAGUUGAGCUACAUUCUAGCAGCGGAUGGAAUGCGUGCCGGCGACGUGGUCCAGAGUUAUAUGUCCGGAAUUCCUGAAGAUUUGUGGAAGAGCAUGGGCAGCACUGUCGAUCCCGGUGUGCUCGCCGCCAGAACCGCCUGGAGAGGAAACUGUCUGCCGUUGCACAUGGUUCCGGUGGGAACAUUGAUCUUCAACUUGGGAUUGCGACCCGGGAAGGGUGGCCAACUGUGUCGGAGUGCUGGAACGUAUGCUACAGUUGUGGCUAAGGGUAGUGAUUCGCGCCAGCAAACGAUUCAAGACGAGCAGCCUGAGGCCGAAAAGAAGCCCAUGUCGCAGCGUGACCAGCAGAAGCUUGAGCGUCUGGCCCAGCACAUUACUGUCCGUCUCUCAAGUGGUGAGACUCGGCUCAUUCACAAGGACUGCUGCGCUACCGUUGGUAUUGCCAGCAACCCGAACUACCAAUACGCCCAGCUCGGAAAGGCUGGUCGCUCACGCUGGCUCAAUAUUCGUCCGACGGUGCGUGGUCUGGCCAUGAACGCUAUGGACCAUCCUCACGGUGGUGGACGAGGCAAGUCUAAGGGUAACGUCGACCCGAAGAGUCCUUGGGGUAUUCCGACCAAAUCCGGCUACAAGACCCGGCCGAAGUGGAAGAUCAACAAGGCUGUUGUUCAUGCCAGACCUCGCAACCAAGGAAAGCGCCGUCGUGGAUACAACUAG